CAGAAACUGAAAAAUACUUUGAAAAUAUGCUGAGCUCAAUAAAUACUUCUUGAUAAAUGAGUAAAGAAAGCAAGUCAGUGGCUAAAGAAUAGGAAAGAAAUAGGUAGAUAUGGGAGGACCUUAUCUGCUAGUAUUUGACAACUGGUAAAAUGAAGGGAUGAGAGAGAGAAUUUUACUAAACUGUUUUCCAUUUUAUGCCUGCUGAAUAGAUUAUUUACGACAAAUCAACUAGGAGAGUGAACAUAGAAUAGGAUUUGGUUUCAAGAUGAGGGUAACUUCCAAACUUUGAAUUUUAGAAAUGCAGAAAAGAAAUCUAUCUCUCUGACUCAAGAGAGCUUGUUAAGAGUAAGAGAAAGAUUCAGAUUUCUAUGUGAAAGACUCUUGAUGAUGACCUUGCCUUCUUUUUUUCAGGCAUGACCUUCAACUGUUCCUUGUGGCAGGACAACAGCAUGUCUGUCAAACGCUUUGCCUUUGCCAGAUUCUCUGAGGUCACUGAACAGUGUUUCCUUUCGUUUACCCUCAUCCUGCUCAUGUUCUUAGCAUCACUGGCGGGCAAUGCUCUCAUAGCCACUGCCAUCUGGACCAACCCGGUCCUCCACACCCCCAUGUACUUCUUCCUGGCCAACCUGUCUCUCUUGGAGAUUGGCUACACGUGCUCUGUCACACCCAAGAUGCUGCAGAACCUUGUGAGCGAGGCCCGAGGAAUCUCUCGGGAGGGGUGUGCUACACAGAUGUUUUUCUUCGCAUCUUUUGGUAUCAGUGAGUGCUGUCUUUUGGCCGCCAUGGCUUUUGACCGCUAUAUGGCCAUAUGCUCCCCACUUCACUAUGCAACACGAAUGAGUCGUGGAGUGUGUGUCCAUUUGGCAAUGGUUUCUUGGGGAGUGGGAUGCAUGGCAGCCUUGGGCCAGACCAACUAUAUUUUCUCCCUGGACUUCUGUGGCCCCUGUGAAAUAGACCACUUCUUCUGCGACCUCCCCCCUAUCCUGGCACUUGCCUGUGGGGAUACCUCCCAUAAUGAGGCUGCAGUCUUUGUUGCAGCCACCCUUUGCAUUUCCAGCCCAUUUUUACUCAUCAUUGCUUCUUAUGGCAGAAUUCUAGCUGCUGUGCUCAGCAUGCCUCCUGAGGGUCGCCAAAAAGCUCUUUCCACCUGUUCUUCCCACUUACUUGUAGUAACACUCUUCUAUGGCUCAGGAUCUGUCACCUACUUGAGACCCAAGGCUAGCCAUUCACCAGGAAUAGAUAAACUCCUAGCCCUCUUCUAUACCGUGGUAACAUCCAUGCUCAACCCCAUCAUCUACAGUUUACGGAACAAGGAAGUCAAGGCAGCUCUUAGGAGAACUCUAGGCAAGAAAAAAGUAUUGGCUCAUAGGUAGAUACCAGAGGACCACAAAAAUGGCUCUUUGAAAAAGAUGCAAAACCAACAUAAGAGGAAAGAAAGAAAGAUGAAAUAAAAGGAAAGCAGGAAGGAGGGAAGGAAGAUCUAGUCACUUGUUAUAGAACAUGGUGGGGGAUAAUGUGAACAAAAGAAUGUACAUAUACGUAUGACUGGAUCACCGUGCUGUACAGCAGAAAUUGACAGAAAAUGUAAAUCAACUAUCAUUUAAAAUUAUCUAAAAAAGAAAGAGAG